AUGAACGCGAACAACACGUUGACUGGGUUUCGGUCAAAGGGUGAGCGCCGGUACGACUGCCAAAAGCAGCGACAGGUGGCCAACGCUCGGGAGAGGGACCGCACGGAGUCCGUCAACUCGGCGUUUAUUACAUUGCGUUCACUCAUACCGACGGAUCCGCCCGACAGGAAACUGUCCAAAAUUGAAACAUUACGACUCGCCGUCUCGUAUAUACAGCAUUUGAAUAACGUUAGAAACGCUAUUUUUAAUGGCGAAGAAUCGGCCGAUAUAUGCGUGAAGAACUCCAGGAUCGGCUCAUUUACUGCCAAAACUAUUUGCACUUUUUGUAUAACAGAUAAAAAACAAAAUUCGUUUCAGGAAUUACUGUACGAAACGCCGGAUACUUAUGAAGACUUUACACUAUUGAACGUAUCGUUGGAUAAAACUAAUGAAAUCUGUGGACAACUUUUCCCACAACUCAAUGAAUUCAAUGAUUUAAAUAAUGGAGAAAACACUUCAUUUAGUUAUUGUCUGAGUGUCUCGUCCUCUACUCCCAGUGAUCUCGAAAUCAUUUAAAUAGUCAUUUAUUUAUUUUU